UAGCACUAUUGAAGUAAACAGAGAGUUAGAGAGGUUGACAGAUCUGCCUCGAAUAUGUGAAGUUAACUUAAAUUUUAAUGAUAAUGUUUGGUGGUAAUAAAAAAAAGGACCGUGUCGAAUUUGUUGAAAAAGUGCAGGCUGCUCGACAACAACGAUCCGAAGGAAAAGAAAGGGAAAGAGCUGCUAUUCGCAUUCAGGCAUGGAUGAGGAGGCUCCUGUGUAUUGCCAAACUGAGAACUGAAACAAGGGAGGAAUUUGACCAGUUUAUUGAGCAGAGUGGAACUAAGAAACCUUCAGCAACUGAUGUCUUUCACCUUGCAAGAAAAUUUCUUUUUACUUUCCAUUUGAAGGAUGAUGAGAAGAGAUUUGAAGCACUAUGUAGACUUAUACUUGGUAGCAUGGAAGCCCAAAGUGAACCCAGGCUGUGGUAUGUGUCAGUUGUCCUUUCACAUGAUCUUGUUCUUCUCUGGCUGCAUCAACUCAAACACUUGUUACUGAUUUGCUGUAAACUGCUUCGUAAGCUCAAGCCUAGUGUUUCCACAGAUGCAAAAAAGAUCAGCAUCUAUUUGAAUAUGCUGAUUGUAUUUACUGAUUGUGGAAACUGGAAGAUUUUAAGCAUGAAAGGAGGGGAGGCCCUUCGGCAAAGCUUGCAGCAACUUUGUGCAAAUGUUCUAGGGCAUUUGAACAGUAAAGGACUGUAUCCAUCAUUGAAGGACCUCUUGAUGAGUGGAUUGGCUUGUAGUGAACCUUCUCUAAAGUGUGCAUCAUUUAAAGCAGUAAUUACAAUGGCUCUAAGGCCCUUGGUACUCAGCAACUUUUCAGACAAUCUCAGCAGCCUGUUUAUACUCAACAUCCUCUCUGUUCCUGGGCUUAUCCUACAUCUUUCAUCAAUAACACCAGAUGGUUUAAAGCCUUUGAAGGUUCAUGGCAUCUAUAAAAAAGUUAUAUCAUUCCUCCAGAAAGAACAGAGCAUUAGAAUUGUCUUGAAUGCAUUAGAAUGUAGCUACUCUCUCUGUCUUUUGGCUAAUUUAGUGGAACUUUCUCAGCUUGAAAUAGAGGUCUUGAGGGAAGAUUUAACCAGUUUUUUGGAAAUAAUUACAAAGAUCCUCAACUAUUGCCAAUCAUAUGUUGCUAAGAAGCAGUCCAAUCUAACAAACUGGCAUCCCAUAUUAGGUUGGUUCAAGCAAUCUACAGAUGAACAGCUGAACAAUUCAAUUCCUCAUAUAAGAAAGCAGCUUCAGUCCCUGUGGAGUCAGAAAGUUGUGAAUCUGUUGUUUGAGGCUCUUUUAGUCAUCAGUGAAGGUGAAAGCAAUGAAGUAAAGAGCAAGGAUGACAAAGGUAAUUGGAAACCAUGGUCUCGUAUCGGCAGAGGUCGCUCCAGAUGUGGUCAGUCCAGUUUAUCCAGUUCGCAGGUUGAGGUGAUACUGAAAUCUUGUGUCAUGUAUCAAACUGUACUGUGUACUUUCUCUCAGAUCAAGCUGGAUAUUUUGACAGGGUUGAGUUACCAAGAAGGAUUUGUGGUGCAUCUUUGGAAGUUUUUUGAUUCUUUUUGUCAAAAUGACAGCGUGGAAUCUCACUUGUGGAGUCUUGAAAAGACAGGCUUGUUUAACAGCCAUGAGCUUCAGGCCGCUCUUGUGCUUUUCUGUGACUGUUGCAGUCACUUAUUGCCCAUUGUUGAUGAUUCUGAAAUGUACGAGAUACAAAAACCGUUUCGUUUAGACGAGCUGAAUAGAAUAUCUGCCUUCCUCAAUAACGUGGUCUUCAAAAUGUUGUGGAACGAGAUGGUGGAGGAAUCAAGAGAGCAGAUGUUGAACUCAGCGCAUACAUUGCUUAUGAUACUGUAUGACAGAGAUUGCAGACGCCCUUUCACCUCUCAAGAUCAGUGGCUUGUUAGGAGCAUUAAAACGAGUACGUUUGUAUCAGAACUUGAAAAGCGGAAGAAAGGCGCCCUGAUGGUGAUUCAGAAAAUACCACAUGUUCUGCCUCAUAGAGAGAGGGUACAACUGUUUAGGAAGUUGGUCACCAAAGACAAAGUGGAACUUGGUAUCACUCGUCCCUCAGAUGAUUUUUUUCCUCAAGGGACGCUUAUUACAGUUCAUCGAGCGAGACUGUUGGAGGAUGGCUAUGAACAGCUGGCCUUGCUCCCAACUCGUUCAUUUAAAGGAAUCAUCCGUGUCAGAUUCAUUAAUGAACAGGGUCUCUCCGAGGCUGGUAUUGACCAAGAUGGUGUGUUUAAAGAGUUCCUUGAGGAGGUGGUAAAAAAAGGAUUUGAUCCCUCACUUGGUUUAUUUAAGAUGACCAGUGGCGAGGAAGAGCGAUUAUUUCCGUCAAGCACAUCGUUUAUUCACAACAAUCAUUUGAAAUUGUUCGAGUUCUUGGGUAAGGUGCUGGGCAAAGCUCUGUACGAAGGUAUGGUCGUCGAAGUACCGUUUGCAUCAUUUUUCCUCAACCACAUUCUUAGUCGACAGCACAGCGGUUUGUACAGUUCAAUAGACGAACUGCCUUCACUUGAUCAGUCACUGUACAAAAGUUUAUGCUUCAUCAAGCAUUAUGAUGGCGACGUUCGAGAUCUCGAACUGUCAUUUUCCUUUGACGAAGAUGUUCUUGGCAAGGUGAUCACUCAUCAACUCAUGCCAGGCGGAAAUGUUAUUCAAGUCACAAAUGAUAAUAAGAUAAGUUAUGUCCAUUUGAUGGCUCACUAUCGCAUGUGUGUUCAAAUCCGGGAACAAACGGCAGCCUUUAUACGGGGUUUCAAAUCUAUCGUGCGACAUGAUUGGUUGCAGAUGUUUUCCGGUCCUGAACUUCAGAGACUCAUUUCCGGUGACAAUGCUGCAAUGGAUCUUGGUGACUUGAGACGUCACACAAGAUACUAUGGUGGUUACCAUAGCAAUCACAGAGUAGUCAACUGGUUAUGGGAUGUACUGGAGAAAGACUUUUCCGAGGACGAAAAAUCCAGAUUUCUUAAGUUCGUUACGAGUUGCUCGAAACCUCCGUUGUUGGGAUUUGCUCAUCUGGAGCCUCCAUUCUCCGUUCGAUGUGUGGAGUGUAAUGAUGACGAGGAUGAAGGUGACACUGUUGGCAGCGUGUUUCGCGGGUUUUUCAGCGUUGGCCGGCGGCGUGAUCCAGUUGGGAGACUACCCACCUCAUCUACUUGUUUCAAUUUGCUCAAACUUCCCAACUAUAGGAAGAAAAGCACACUCAAAGAGAAGCUCCGUUAUGCAAUCAACGCCAACGCAGGAUUUGAACUUUCAUAAUCGACGACAGUGAAACAGGAACAGUCCCUUUAUUUGUUGCCCCCAAAGAUCCAUUCUCAGAUCUAUCGCCUCGCAAAGCUACCUUUAACUUAUAGGAAGCUUCAAAAUAUUGCUGUAGUUGGUAAUAAAGAAAGGUCAGUGAGAUGAUUAUCCAAAACAUUGAAGGAAAAUUUGAGCUAUUUUGCUUAACGAAGUUACUUCAGUGCUGAAUGAGACUUGGGUCGGUAAAGCAGAUCUCAGUCAAUGUUCUUUUUAUUUCUAUGAAAAUUGGUUUAUAUGAAAAAUAAAUGUACAUACACAUU